GUGACAUGGAGGGAUAUUGAUCAACAGAGGGAGGAGCGACUUACCUUCCCUUCGAAGGUGUCUGGACUCUAUCUGAUUGAUCACCAAAACACUUCACCUGCUACAAUUCCAAUCAUUCUUUCGUCGCCACCCUGAACUUCUUCGACUCGCGGGAGAAACGCGAAUGAUCUUCCAAACCUGCAUUCUCAUUCCUCCGUUGCAUCAAUAAAGAUCGAGGCGCGCCGCACCGCUUGCAAGGGACGCGCAGACCCGUCCACGUUCGUCCACCAUGAUGUCCAAAUUGAAGACUUUUGGCAUCCGCCACCCGCGGUCUGAGAAGCCAGCGAGGGAUGCGGAAAAUGCAUUUCAGCUACAUCCGGAAAACCACCACGGCCGUAACACUGGAGCAUUAUGGUCAUCGAGGUCAUCAACAUCAACCGGAUCAACUGGCAGCAGCACUCGCACAGGGGCCACUGCUAGUCAAGACAGCCAAAUAGACGAUUUGUUGCGCAAGGCCGACAGCGACUCCCUAAAGCCGCCGCCGGGUCUGGCACAGCUCCAAUCUAGCCACGAAGGAACGGACCUUUUGACCCCCCUCAGAAGCGUUGGCAGUCGGUGGAAAGAUGAGCACGUCUACCGGAUAGACGCGCGACAACAGUACUCCCGGUGGGAACCGCCAUAUGUCGCCACGUCGCAAAAACGGGCAAGGAUUCUCAAGCAAACUGGCGGCAAACACUUGGAAUACUUGCUUCGGCACGCAGAGAGGCGGCCGAGUCGAUUGGAUGAGAAUAUUGGCUCCUCGUCAUUUGCAGCCAAGCUGUACUCGGAGCGAGGCCUGAGCCGAUAUGCCUGGACAGCACCAGAGUUUAUCCUACGCGAGACUCAUGGCUUCAGCAACUUUAUCGAGUAUGAGUUGCACGCCAAGGCGGCGAAUCGUUGCCAGCUGAGCAAGGACGUCAAUCUCGCUCGUCACAACCGCCCUUCACGUAUCCUGAAUGCCAUCAACUUGACACGGAAGCCUGCCAAAUGGAUUCACCCUCGCCGGAGUAGCCAAAAGCCGCCGCAAGCUUCCAAGGGGAGGCGGAGGAGACAAUCCCGACCAAGACGCACAGAAACCGCCAUGCUGGGAGCCUUUCCCAACGGCAUGAGCUCAGCGCAAAGUCUUUCUAGGCCGGUUCGAGGAUCGAUUAUUUGUGCGCCAAGUGAGACUCAUCAUGUACCAAGACCAACUACGCCGCGCUCAUCAAUUGGCGUCGAACUGAAUAGCGACUCUUCCCAUGUGCGCCGGAGAUAUUUUGGAAACAAGCAGGUCCGGGAUGGCGCUGCUCUCAGACGCAAACCACACCACGGCAGAUUUCGACGGGACGCCGGGCCGCAGCGACUGCUCCAGAGCGUUGAUGCAGCCAUUGAGGUGGCAGGGUCAGACAUAUCAAAGGAUUCGAGCGGAACAGGGUCGACUGGUGUGAUCGACGAAGGUUUGCCAGAGUUGUCACUCAAGACUUCCUCUUCUGAUGACGAACAAAAGCAAUCCCUGGAAGAGAAGCUGAGUGGUCUUGAUUUGAAUUGA